UGGAACUGGAGCCUCCAAAAACAUGGCUGAACAAAACGGAUUGGCAGAGGAAAAGCUUCCUUGAUUUUAUAACUGGUAGGAACAGGAAUCCAUAAAUUCUGCCUGGCAGGAUUCAUUAUUGUAUUGUGAAAUUAUUCUUUUUACUUCUUAAGCAUAUGCAGAGUAGUUCAGUUAGACUUAAGAAUGCAAGCUGUUGGAAAUUGCUACCUAUGGUCUUACCAUAUUGACUUAAUUUAGAAAAAAUUCAUUUUUCAUUCCAGUUUAUAAUCAUAGUUUUUGGGAUUUGAUAGGGAAAUGGAUACAUUUCUGCCUGACUCUAAUUCUAUGAUGCAUUACCAGGAUAUAUGUAUUAAUGAUGUUAAGAAUGUAAAAUAAAUAUUUUUCCAAAUUCUAUAUUCUCAAUUACUAAUUCAUCAAAAUUCUGACAUAGUUAGUUUUUUCUUAACUCUAAAGAAGGCUUUCAGAAACAUUUUCCUGUUCUUUAUAAGCUGUGCUCUCUUGUUAGUUGCCUGGGCAAUGCAACUGCAUCCUGCCUGUUCCUCUUGUUAGCGCAACAGCUGAUAGCCCAUGCUGAAUCAGGACUAUUUGUUAAUGAAAAGGAAACACUGCAACACUGUUAGGAGGAGUAAAACCCCGUGGUAGUCUGCCAAAUGGGGCAGAACAUGCCUGACUCCAGCAGAAAGAGCUGGACUCACCAGGAGCUUGUACUUUCUUAUCUGACCCAAGGGAUUUGGAGGAACUCCAGAGGUUGUGGCCUUUAUUUCUCACACAGAUCAAGGUGUUCUUUUGCAUGUUAUGGGAGAUGCACUUGGAUCUGUGGUUGUGGUAGUUACUGCUACGAUCUUCUAUGUGCGUCCUCUGGGAAAUGCUCCGUGUAAUUGGCAGUGCUACAUUGAUCCAAGCCUGACAAUAGCUAUGGUGUUCAUCAUCUUGUCUUCUGCAUUCCCACUUAUAAAGGAGACCUCAACUAUUUUGUUGCAGAUGGUCCCCAAAGGUGUUAAUAUGCAACUAUUGACUGACAGAAUAGCUCGUGUACCAGGGGUCAGCAGCCUCCAUGAGGUGCAUGUCUGGGAGCUUGCAAGUGGGAAGAACAUUGCCACUCUUCAUAUCAAGUGCCAAGCCCCUUCUGACUACCAAGAUGCUGAUUACAAAAUACGGAAGGUUUUCCACGAGGCAGGAGUCCAUUCUGUGACCAUCCAGCCCGAGUAUGCUGACCACAAGAGCUCACAUCUCCUGUGCAACUCGCCCUGCAUCUCAAAAGCCUGUGACCCUCACCUGUGCUGCAGCCAGAGGGAGCCCCCCCGGGCUGAAACGAAUGGCUACGUGGAGAAAAGUGAAAGCUCCCUUUCUGCACAGCACAAAGACGAUGGUUCCAGGAAAAGUGACAUUGAAAUCCUUAUGGAGGACCCAGUGGUAGAGGAGAGUGUGAAAAAUGUGAAAAACUGUGACAUGUCCGAUGACAAAUCGCAGUCGGGUAGUACACGAUUUUAGGCAAUUCGCGCUGCUCUGUGUCAUGUUCUCAUGGAGCAAACAAAUCCUGGCUGGGAAGGGGGGCAUCGGUGGUUGUAGCUGAAGCUGGUGAGGCAAAAAGAUUUCUGUGCUUUAGCUGUAAACCAAAAUACACCUAAACACCCCUUGUACCUUAAAUAAGGAUUAAGAUUUCCACCAAGGCAGUUGCAUUCGCGCGAUUUCUGCGAUGCAGCCUCACCCAGUUCCUUACCAAACUAAGGCUGAAUUCCUACUGUUAGAGUGGAUGGGGUGUAUUGCUCUCUGUCUGCACUGAUGUUUGCAGUUCAUGGCCAGUAGCACUGGGAAAGAACCUCUGGCCUUUCAUGCUGGAGUGAGCUGUUCCUUGAAAGCCCUGUGGCCAGUUAAUGAUUGUGCUGGGCUGAAGUACUGUAUAUUUAUAAAGCACUUCAGUAGAGAUGCUUUACUGAUCCUUAAACCCCAUUUUUGCAUGGACAGUUCAUUUUUAACAGUAACAAUUCUGGCCAGUGGAAUUUGUGAAUGAAAUUAAGAGUGUCCAAGCGUAAGCACUCAGGAAUUUUGACUCGUGUUAUUUUCUUGAUUGACUCCUGUAUUUAAGAACAGAGCAGAAGCUGGUCUUGCUUCUCUACAGGUAAUACUGGAGUCCCAACCUAAUCACAGAUGUGUGCUAAGGAAUAGACUGCUUGUCAUGAAAACAAAUAAGUACCUACUAAUGUCUGUACUGAUUCUAGCAAAUGGAAAUGCAGGCAGUCAUCCAAUUAACUUUUAUUUUUUACACUGUUGUGAUUGUAUAACUCAGUCUUUUAAAAUUCUUAUUAUUCUUCCCCUGACAACAUGGGUUCCAAGAGCCACAGUCUUAUUUCAUCAUUGUGCAAGAUGAUUGCAUUAUCUUUAAAACUGAGUCUGUCAUUAUUCAUGCUGAAUAAAUAAGCUAAUGUGUUUAUUACGAACAGUUGAAAUUCUGCAAUUCUAUUAUUAAGGCAUAAUUUAAUAUUGUAUUCAUUAAGGAGGCACCUUUCAAGUCUUGUAUGCAGUAUUAUCACUGAAGGGGAGCUUUAAAAAAUUAAACCAGGAUUUUUUUCCUGGUUUAGUCUCAAUCAUUUUUUGUUGGCUGGUUUUAAAAGUCUUGAUGCCUUGAACCCUACCCUCUGCCCUGGCCCUCCCCCCUGCCCAAAGGUGCAUCUCAAAGUGUAUUUAGUGAAGCAGCUCACAAUCUUUUUGCUGCUUGCUCUUUCUGAAGGUAUGCAGAGGUGCUCUAAGGAAAACAAGGUGAUGUGCCCUGUUAGCAGUGCUGGAUUUCAGUCAGGUGUGUUCCACAGGGGAAACCCACUACUCAGUCCACACUGAGUCUAGUGAGUAUGCAGAUCAGAUCUAGAAGAUUCCAAAUAUAUUUUGCUGGCAAAAGCAGCCUUUCAAUGUCCUGUGUGGCCUGGACAGGCUAUAUUUAAUCCAUUUACUCACAGGGACACAUUUGUAAAAUCAUGGUGCCUUUACCUCAGUGAAACCUUAAUAGAAAAGGCAAAUUGAUUUCCAGCCUGGGCUGGGAAAAUACCAGGACCUCCUCCUUGUAAGGAUGACUUAAAAGCAGUCAACUCCUUAUUAAUAAAGAUGAUUGCAGUAAUUCAAUGAAUAUUAAAACACUCAGCGGGAUAUUUUACUGCUUGGAAUGUAGUAUUUACUGAAGCAGUGAUUUCAGCCUAAAUAGAACAUUUCCAGAAUUAUAAUUACCCCUUUUAAAUAGAUUUUGGAUGAAUUAAGAUAAUUUAUACCAUUUCAUUGUAAGUUUGUAUCAUAAAAAUUAACUAUUUGUUAAUAUAAUUAAGAGCUUGAUCCUCCAGCCUCUUUGAUUCUGUUUGCAGCAGGAGGAUCUUGCUUGGCAAUUAUUGCAGAAGUUAAUGUAAAUCAGGAAACCUUGCAAGAGUUGCUCUGUCUUUUAAAAGCAUGUUCCAGGAAGUAAGACAGCCAUUUUUUCUAUUUUUUUUUUUUCCCCUCUUUAGUUUCAUCUAUGAUGAUGCUUAGAUGUAAAUAGCAAAUAUAUUUAUCAUGUUUUUGAGAACUGGAAUAGAAAUCUUCCAAAAUAACAACAGAGUCUUUUCAUAAUUAUACAUAAUUAUUUGUAUCUUAAGUCAGGUAAUUUUAUAUAUAUGUAUAUAUAUAUACACACAUUUUGUUAAAUGGUUGAAUGCUGGAAUGGCACUAUUUACUCUAGGAUUAAAGAAAACUAGUGGUGUGAGGUUGGGGCAUUUGUCAAAAUGGACAAUUUUUAUUCUUCCGGUGUUAAAACCGUGGCUGUGUAUUUUUUAAAAAAAUUGAAAGUGUUAUAACCUGAAAAUACAAUGAAAUAACAUUCUUAAACUUUAUUUUCUCUUGUCUGGUUGAAUGUACUGUAACUGCUGCCUGUGAAUAAAUGGGAAAAUACCAGGGAUUAUAGAAAUCUUCAUAGAUUUUGACAGAUAAUAAUGACAGAUUUUAAAUUUGCUUUAUUACUUAAGCAAGUAAAACCAACAGUGCUAUGUUAUUUAUGAGAUAAACCUUGGUGGUUUUUUUGUUUUUUUUUUUUUGUUGCUGGGGUUUUUUGGGUUUUUUUUGGUGGUUUUUUUUUUUUUUUGUAUUGACACUUUGAGGGUAUUCAACUAAAGUUUCUGACCAGCAUCUUUGCCUUCCUUUGAGUAACAAAAUAUUUUUCUCCUGUACGGUGUGUCCCCUCUCUGCUUCUGUGGGAGACUUCAUUCCAAUCCGUGUAUAUUUUGUAUUGGCCUAUUUCCCUUCAGUUCUUGGAAUAUCUCUUCUAAUUCUGUUGAACCAGGCUUCCCUCAUUUUGAGAUACAGUAUAAUCCCAUGUUAGCCCAGACUCAUGGGCGCUUGUUCUAAAUUCAGUUUUGUAGUCUAUUGCACUAUUAUCAACGCUCUGUUCUGGCCUCUUCAGCUGAGUUACUUUGUUUCCCUCCCUGACAAAUGCAGAUUGAUUGUGCUGCUCUGUCCUCUCCAAGCCCUGCCCUUUGGUUGUCUCUCUUGGUUUUUGGGUUCUCUUGCAAUGAUUGUCCCUUCUCUCCAUUACUGCUGGUGGCAAAGGAAAUCUGCUUAAAUUAUGUGUGACCUUCAACUGGUUGUCCAGCUCCUGUGGAUGUGAUCCAUAGCCAGUCAUGUGACCUAGUAGGAUGAUGACAAAAUCUUUGCUAGGCUUGCCAGAUCAUUUUGCAGUAAAAGUGAAACCUGGAAUAACACUGUAAGCAAAAGAAAUUUACUGGCCUUCAUCAGUCGUGUGCCUUUUCUUAAAGGGAAUCAAUUCUUUGUCACCUUUUCAUACAUGCCAAUAGUGCCAAUUUGUUUUUAAAUUUUUUUCUUCUUCUGAAACCCUCUAAAUGCAAAUGUUGCCUCUACUCUUCAUUAUAAAGAAAACUGCUACUAUUUUCAGGAGUAUUGUCUUUGUUUUGUUGGUUUUCUGUUGACUUCCUUUUCCUUGUCUUCUUUACAAUACUUACCUUGACUCAAAAUGCAAGUGUUUUAAUGUUUUUUCUCGUUGUCUCUUCAAUAAAAGCAAGAUGAUUUUGAUAGCCUGGUCAUGGUGAUCUACCAAUAAUAGUUUAGAAGUACCUUUUUAUGCACUGGUUUAAUUUUUGCACUCCAUUCUAUUAAAAUACACCCACUUUCUGGUUCUGCCAUGUGUCACACCUUACCAUUGCAAGCCAGUUUUUGACCCUCUUUAUUUGUUCCUAUUAUUUCCCUCUCCAAUUCCUGAUUAUAAUGCUUACUGUCCUGAAUACUCCCUUUUAUUCUGAACCUUGAAGGGAACAUGCCAGCACCUGAAUUUUUCCCAAAUUGAAGUUCACUACCCAAGUUCUUUGGGUGGCUUGAUGUGAUCUAUUCUGAGGACUAUUUCAUGUCCUGGGGUCUGUGUAGAAGUGUUAUCUAAGUAAUCAUCCUGAGAUAUGAACACAUGUGUUUAGGUAUAAUUAAAUUCUUUAUAACCACUCUACCUGAAUCAAGUCCUUAAGAAAAGUGGAUUUCAAAACUUGGGAAGGUAUAAUGAAAUCAGGAGGGUUCAUUGGUCAUUCAUUAACAGCUUGGGGGAAAGCUUGGUAAAAGACAAUUCAAAAGCUGUGAACAUUCCUAUAAGUUCUACUACUUACUCUGCUGUACAGUGGAAGCACUUUCUACGUUAAAUACUUUAUUUGAACAGUGAUACCUUGAUGUCAGGAUGUUACUGUGUAAGAUUGUUACAUCUAUGGAGCUGUGUUGCUUAAAAGUUUCCUCCAGUUUUUCUGUUUCUUAUGUGAUUUAAUGUGCCAAAAUGUAGUUUCUAUAAUUGCUGAAUCUCACUGUGGUUUUAUUAACCAUUAGUGAGAAUUGACUUAAGGUUUUAGGUACAGCUAUAUUUUUAUCAAAAUUAAGUUUGAAUGUCUUGUAAAUAAAGUGUAUUUUUAAAUAAAA